AUGGAUUUAGGGGAGUACUUGUUUCAAAGGCUUGCUCAACUGGGCGUCGGCUCCAUUCAUGGUGUUCCUGGUGACUAUAACCUUACUGCCCUUGACUAUCUCGAGCCCUCAGGCCUUCACUGGGUUGGUAAUGCUAAUGAGCUAUGUGCCGGCUACGCUGCGGAUGGGUACGCCCGAAUCAAAGGCAUCGGCGCCUUGAUCACCUCCUUUGGUGUUGGAGAGCUUUCGGCAAUCAACGCAAUUGGCGCGGCUUAUUCUGAAAGGGCCCCGGUAGUGCAUAUUGUUGGUACGCCACACCGAGAUUACCAAGCAUCAGGCGCCUGUUUGCACCAUAGUUUGGGCGAUGGAAACUUCAGGGUCUUUGCGGAUAUGUAUAAAAGUGUCACAUGUGCGCAAGCCAAUCUUGUUGAUGCCUGGACUGCUCCUGAGUUGAUCGAUGCCACUUUGAAGGAAUGUCUCCUACAAAGCCGCCCGGUAUACAUCGAAUUGCCUACGGAUAUGGUGCGGGCCAAAGUUCCGGUGCCAACAUUUCCAAUUGAUUUUUCAAUCCCUGAUUACGACGAAGCUUUCGAAGACAAAAUCGUUAACUCUCUUGUUUCUCGCAUCCAACACUGCAAGCAGCCUUUAAUCCUUGUCGAUGGAAUUACUGCGCGAUUCGGUGUCAAAGAUGAUAUAAACGCUCUAGUCAAGCUUACGGGAUUCCCUACCCUUGCAACCCCAUUUGGCAAGAGCAUCAUUGACGAAAAUGUACCCAACUACCAUGGAGUGUACCUUGGAUCGGCUGGUGGGACAAUACAUCAGUCGUGGGUUCAAGGGUGUGAUCUGGUUCUCCAUUUUGGGGUGCUUGGGUCUGACAUCAACACAUUCGGAUUCACAGCUCAGCCACCGCCUGCAGCUACGGUGACAUUCGACAAAUACUCGAUAUUCCUAGGCAAAACAGGGUCAGUACCUGUCAAUGUGCGCCUCGUCUCCAUCAAUACCAUACUUGCGAAAUUGUUACGCUGCCUGAACGGCCUGAAGAUUCCUGUUUCAGAGCCGUAUCCCGGAGACCCAUUUCUCCCUCGCGAGAUUCUGAAAAGGCUCCCCAAAGCUCUUGAUAACAAAGCGAUAGACCAAUAUUCCCUUUGGCUUCGCAUGUCUCGGUUCCUCCAACCAGGAGACAUUGUGAUGACUGAGGCUGGUACUGCAUCCUAUGGCGGUCUAGGCUUCGACCUUCCGGAGGGAACUAUGUUGGUUAACUCUUCAAUUUGGUUAUCUAUCGGAUAUAUGCUUGGUGCCUGUCAAGGUGCGGCCCUAGCCCAAAGGGAAAUGGUUAGCGAUGGCACAAGGCCCCCAGGUCGAACCAUCUUGUUUGAAGGUGAUGGGGGCCUUCAGAUGACCGCGCAGGCCAUUAGCGACAUUAUCAGAAACAAGCUUGAUGUGAUAAUAUUUGUUUUGAACAACAACGGCUAUACAAUUGAACGACUUAUCCACGGGUUCUCAGAAAGCUACAAUAAUAUUCAACCAUGGAGGAAUCUUCAAGCACCGAAUUAUUUUGGGGCACUCGAUAAUGACGCUUCAUACCCUGUGCGGACCAAGUCUGCUCAAAGCUGGGGAGAUUUACAGGGUAUCCUACAACUUCCCGAUAUUCAGGAGGGCAAGGGGCUGAACAUUAUCGAAAUUUCGUUGAGCAUGGAUGAUGCACCAGAAUGCCUGAGCAAAUUUGCCGAGUACGUGAGGAAAAGAAACAGCGGGCAGCUAUAG